GCUUCUCUUCUCAGCCAAUCGCAGUAUAACAUCUGUAAAGAUGGCGUCUGAGUUUAAAUCGGGAGUUGUGAUUAUCCUGCUAUGCUCAUGCUUGCUCUGUAUAUCCGCGUUAGACGCUAAAACUAAACCCAAGAAAAAGGACAUCCGAGACUACAAUGACGCAGAUAUGGCGAGGCUUCUGGAGCAAUGGGAGGAGGAUGAUGACAUAGAAGAAGGGGACCUUCCUGAGCACAGACGAUCUCCUCCACCUAUUGACCUUUCAAAGUUGGAUGCCUCUAAGCCUGAGGAUCUUCUCAAGAUGUCCAAAAAAGGCAGGACUCUGAUGGUCUUUGCAACAGUGACUGGAAAUCCUACAGAGAAGGAGACUGAGGAGAUCACAGGCCUGUGGCAGGGCAGUCUCUUCAACGCCAACUAUGAUGUUCAGAGGUUUGUAGUGGGCUCAAACAGGGUCAUCUUCAUGCUUCGAGAUGGGAGUUUAGCCUGGGAAGUCCGAGACUUCCUGGUGGCCCAAGACCUGUGUGAAGAUGUUACUGUGGAGGGUCAGGUGUUCCCUGGGAAGGCUGCCAGCAACAACACUAAAGACAAGCAGCAAAAUGAGGUGAACGCCAAGAAAAAAGACAAGAAAGCAGAGAAGAAGAAGCCAGACCUGAAGGCUAACCGUGCCAGCCAUGUGAAACAGGAGCUGUGAAGGAACAUUUAGGAGCUUCUGCUGGUUACUUCUGGACCGGCACCUGUUUAGUUCUGGUGAGGAGCUGCAGGAGCACACGAGAAGAGGCGGUACCAGAUCGGACGGAUGUCCCUAAUUGCUCCUGGUACACCUGACUUGAAUCUCAUCCAUUGAUUCACUGUUUUCACUUUUCCUACCCGGAGCAUCUGGAGCGACUGAGACUUUUAGUGAUGGUCAGUCACAGCUUCUCUGUUCUAACGUGAUGGAACAGCUAAAGAAGGCAAUCACAGCAGUGACUCUUCCUGAAAGAUGCGUAGGUCUGGAUUUAAUUUGAGCACUUCCUGUGUAAUACUUUUUCACUGAACAUGGAAAUAAACCUUUUGUCAUCCGUAGUGGAGGUGUGUCUUAUACCUGAACAUCUUUUACUGAAGAUCUGAAGCUGAACAUCUAAUUCAUGUUCAUUAACUUCCUCAGAAGAGCUCGUGUUUUAUACUAGAUGACACAGGCCUGAUACGGUGCUUCAGUGAAGAAAGUACUUCCCUCUGUGUUUUACUGGGCAACAGGUACCACAUUAUAAUAACUGGUGUAAUGUUUUGUAAGGGCUUACUUUUAAUAAAUGCUAAAUGGAAUAUAAACAUA